UACACCCGGAAGUGUCUUAGGCGUGCGGGAGGCGCGCCGCCAGAGGCCUCACCGCUAUGGGCCGCAACAAGAAGAAGCGAGAUGGCGACCACCGACGGCCGCGGCUUGUUCUCAGUUUCAACGAAGAGAAGCGGCGGGAAUACCUGACUGGCUUCCAUAAGAGGAAGGUAGAGCGGAAAAAGGCAGCCAUUGAGGAGAUCAAGCAUCGGCUCAAGGAGGAGCAGAAGAAGCUCCGGGAGGAGCGCCAUCAGGAAUACUUGAAGAUGCUGGCAGAGAGAGAGGAGGCUCUGGAGGAGGCAGAUGAACUGGACAGGCUGGUGACAGCCAAGACAGAGUCGGUGCAGUAUGAUCACCCCAACCACACAGUCACCGUGACCACCAUCAGCGACCUGGACUUCUCGGGGGCCCGGCUGCUGGGACUGUCUCUGCCUGAGCAAGGGGCUGGGCACGGGUCCGAGGAAGAGGCGUCCUCCGUGGAGAAGCCGACCAGAGCCUUACCCAGGAAGUCCAGAGACCCCCUCCUGUCCCAGCGGAUCUCCGCUCUCACGGCAUCACUGCAUGCGCACAGUCGCAAAAAGACCAAGAGGAAACGUCCCCGACGGGCCCAAGACUCCACCAAGAAGCCCCCGAGUGCCACUUGGACGAGCAAGACCCAGCGCCGCCGGCUGACGGGCAAAGCCCGGCACAGCGGAGAGUGAGCCCCGAGAACCAGGCCGUGCCCAGCCUGGGCUCUAAGGGCAGGGCCUGUGCUGUCUCCACUUGGCUGGCCCAGUAACCCAGCACCGAGGUGGGGACUCUGCGGCCCACGGCGGGGAGGCCAGCACCUCUGGCCCAGAGCUUGGACCCUGGCAGGGGCAGGCAGCUGAGAGGUGGCUCCCCCCAAGAGGAGCCUUCAGAGCCGAACCUGGGGCAUCUUCCCAAAUGUCUCCCCCACUGAGCCUUCAUCAGAUUUCUGAAACUGA